CCGCCGAAUACAUAACCCUAUUAUUUCAAAACCCUAUUAUUUCAAAAACUUCAUGAAAAGUUUUUCUUGGAUUUGAACUUUUAUAUUUAGUUUUAGAGUUUAGGCUUAUAUUAGGAUGCUGAUGCCUUUCAUGUUUAUUUGAAUUAUAUGUAAAAACAUCUGAAAUGGAUACCCCACCGGUUUGGAAGAGAAUUUAUCCAGUUAUUGCUUCGAGUAAUCCACACGUUACAGUAAAUGUCGUUGAAGAUGUGUUAACACUUUGUAAAAAACAUAUAACUGAUGUAUUUUUACAUUACAAGCCAUAUACUAAAGGCAGUUUUAUCAAAUGGAAGCAAGAACUGGGGGUAAAGGAAAUAGUAUCGGACGAUGAAAUGUGUAAUUUUAUACACAAUUUAAGUAAAGAACUUGAUUUGGAUGCAAACGUAGCUUGGACAGUUAUAUGUAAUUUUUUAAUGUAUGAAUACUAUGGAAAGGUGGAUGAACUUAAAACCUUGAUCAAAUUUGACUCAAAAAUAGAAUACUUAACAGAAAAUAUAUGGUACUUCUAUUCAGCAGAUCGAAUGUUUUUACUGAAAACAUUAAGGCACAUUUUGGAAAGUUUGGAAAAUCAAAAUCAAAUAUGUAAAACAAAAAUAGAGUCCUUUGCAACAAAUAUAAAUGCAUCUGUACUUUGGAAAAAUUUGGUUAAAGUCUUCUCGAAUCUGAUCCAUGAAAUAAGUAAAGAAAAAGCAAGUAAUGUUCCUGCAAAACUUUUAGCCGAAUGGAUUCACAGAAAUAAUAGAGAACAAAUUGAAGUAGUAUUGUUACUUAUGCACACAAUGAAUUUACCAAAUUUUAAAUUAACUGGUUCCGAGUUAGAAGAAGUUUUUGUAAUGUUCAUUAAACAUGGUUUUACUGGACUUCCUUUCUAUACUGAGAGUUUAACUGUUUCAAGAAAACAGGAUUUAGAUGAAAUAAAGCAUACUGAAGUUGCUUUGCUUCUUUCAAUUUUACACAAAUAUUGGAAUUUACCUGAAAAAAUCAAAGUUGUGAUGCUGCCCCAAAAUAUGGAGCGAAAUUUAGAGCUGUUACAAAUCCAGAGUGAUAAUAGCAUUGUUUUAUUUUCAUGGACAAUUUUUAAAACUUACUAUGAUAAUAAUGGUUCACUAGAUGGAAAUAUGGAGAACUGUAACUCAAUAGUAGAAAAAAUGUUAGAGAAAAAAAUAUUUGUAUCUUUGUAUGAGUUAUUGGUUCAUAAAAUAUUUUUGAAAAGCAGGGCUGGGAAUAUAUUGGUUGAUGCAGUUCAUACUUUGAUGGUAGAGUUUUCAAGAAAUUGUGCAGAUUUUCCUUAUUUUCACGAACAAAGUGGAGUGGGUAAAACAACUGCUGAACUUUUGAGGAGGAAGGGUUUAGCUGUUUUAGAAAAUUUGGGACCAAUAUUUCAACUAUCCAUGGAAGCAUUUCCUUUUGUUUUUGAACCAUUCUUGGAAAUGUGCAAAUCAUUAUUAAUAAUACCAGAAAAAUAUGAUAAUGUUAUGAAACUUUUAAAAUCAAUACCCAGUUUCUUAGCAGAAAUACCUUGGGAUGACCGCAGACCGAGGUUUGUCAUGACUGCCCCACGAAAAAUAUUCAUAGACAGCGAUUUGUUUAUAAUACCUGCAGGUACAACUGUGGAGAGAUUCGUAUAUCAAGGACACGAGUUUGCUAGAUUUUUUUACCCUUUCAGCUUCUUUUUACUAAUGGAGCAAUUCACAAAGUCUUUCAGUACAAUCACUUUUGAAAUUGGACCUGAUUGGUAUUGCUAUAAAAAUCUGACUGAACUGGUCCUUAUUGGUUUUAAAUUUAUAAAUCAUCUUCUGAAACAUUAUAAAGGCGAUUAUAGGCAUGAUAAUGAGUUAAGGACUCUUGUCCAAAGAUUGGAAAUCGUUCCUGCUCAGUUAUGCAAAGGACCAGUCAAGAAUUUUGAUUUUAUUACACUUUAUUUUGAAGUUAACUGUACCCUAAUCACACACGAAUUGUUGGAUUACAUGGAAGCUUUUCCACCCAUUCAACGGAAAACAUUCAUGCCGACUGUAGUGAACUACAACAAAGAUAACAGAGAUGCUUUAUUUGGCCAGUUACAUAAUAAAUGUUUGUUAUAUAAGAGCUUAAAAGACGAAGAAGGAAAGGAUACUCAUUCUUUGUUGAUUCAAUAUUUGGAAUUGAUUUUUUUUAUGGUUAAGAAAAACAUAUAUCACUAUGAGGUACAACUACCAGGAAUGUGGUAUAUGAUAAAUUGCACAUUUCCUCUAUAUCAACAAUGGAAAUAUGCUGAUUCUGGUCAAAAAACUCAAAUAUCAAAAUACUGUUGUUCAAUUUUUGUAGAAAUUCUUAACAGGCAUUUAUCGAAUGUUAAAGACGAUUCAGUUGUAAUAUUCGAAAUGGUGCUAGACUCGUUCUUAUAUGAGGAUAUUAUAAUGUCUAGUUACAUGUCUAUGUUGUCCAAAGACAAGUUUUAUCUUCAAAAUUUAAUGGAGCAAGAGUCCAAUUGGUCCAACGGCCCCAGUUUGGAGAAUAUUGAUUGUCUUAGAUUGCAGCUGGUUUUGCUUCUGUUACUUUUUAAACACAAAUUAAAAUCUAUUACUAAGCGUAAUAAUCUCGAUGAUAAUGUUGGAUUUUUCGCUAAAGCUGUUGUACCUUACAUUAUAAACCCUUAUUCAUUAACGUUAAGAAAGUUGUCAUGUCGAUUUUUGGAACUGUUGUCCAGGGAUCAAAACAUACCUCUAAUGGCGCUUCUUGGUUUAGAUUAUGAUCAGGUUCAGAGAUUAUAUUUAGACAGACUACGAGACUCAACAGAAGAUGAUGAUCUGAAAGUGCAUAUUUUGGACCUAAUUGGUACUUGCGUAAUUUAUCAACACGGUAUGACUGCAGCCUUUUUUAACGUCACUAGAUCUAGGAAAUGGUAUAGUGACAAUAAAGAAAAAACCAUUGAAAUUGAUACCGUCAGCGAUUUUAUGGUUGAUUAUUUACAUAAUGUGAAGAGAUCUCCAGAAUUUUUAAGAAGUCCCCUGCAAAUCGGCAUUCUUCAUGUGAUGGCAAAUCUGUGGUCCAGUCAAAAAAAUCACCUAAUAAGCGAAGUAAUGAGCUUAAAAGAGUUUUGGCCUUUGCUCAGCAAUCCUCUGUAUCGGGAGUUCGAUCAGUUGCCGAAAGUUUAUGCAUUCAUAUUCCAAAUUUAUGGAAUACAAAUGGUUCAAGUGGACAGCGAUCCAAAAUUUUUAUCUUCAGUUGAAAAAUUCGUAACUGAUACCAAACAAGUCAAGCUGUGGGUGGAUUAUAUAUGUACAACUUUCAAAAGCAAAACUACAAACAUCGAAGAUAUAGAAGAUCGGCAAUUCUUGUUGAGGUCUUGGAUGGAGUUCAGUAUCAUGUUGGAAAGGCAUAAUAAGUUAAAAAAGUUUAAAGAGGAAAAUAAAUUACAACUUAUUUCGAUGACUUUAGAUGGAUUGCAAUUGCCUUUGGUUAAUACAUAUUGUAUGAACAGUUGGAUGGAUUUCUUAUUACUGCAAAUAUCCUACUGGAAAAUACCCACCACGAAUCAAGAUAAUUUGAUUAAUAUAACGAAUAAAACAAUCAGCACCAUAAAGAUAAUUAAAUUGCACUAUAACGAUUUGCAACAUUCGACCAGAUUAACAGUCCUUACUAUAGUGCAACAACUUUUAGAGAGUCUGCGUGUUCAUUUUGAAUCUUACUCCAAAGAUUUAUUGGAAUUUUUGGAACAUUUUGGCCCGAUGUUGGAGUAUGAAUACCUUAUUAUGGAAGAAAAGCAAUGGAAAACUGAUGAUGGCUUCGAUAUUGUAGUUAGAGAACAAAUGCUGCCUUGGAUGAUUUGUGUGAGAAUAGUAAACGGUUUAUUUGAGUAUAAAAACGUCGAGGAUAUCGGUAUUUGGUUCACUUAUAGGAACAUAGUUCAAAAAUUUAUGGAUUCUGCUGGGCAACUGAUUAAGAAUCCCAAAACAUUACCGUUGGCCAAAAUGUUGCUACAUGGUCUCGCCUUAUAUGCUUCUUCUCCACUCUACUUUGACUUUAUGAAUGUUAACAUGAACAACUUCUAUAUUAAUAUCGAGUCUUCAAUUGCACGUCUUCUUUAUGGACAAAAUAAUAAAAUAAGUCCCUUGCAGCUUGAAGAAGGAUGGGUUACAAGUUCUUUGCUUGUUAAAUUUCAAACAGCAUAUUUUCAGUCGCUACAGCAUUUGACACUGACGAGUUGUUACAAUUUUAUAACGUUGAAUGAACAGAUACUCGGACAUAUUUUUAAUAUUCUGGAAACUACCGUUGCUCUUAAGGCCCUCGAUCUAGUCCAAAAUACUUUGGUCUUAAUCGAAUCUGUGUUACUAAAAUGGCGCCUCGAAUGGUACAGAAAGUCCAAUCCUACCUAUAACUUUGUUCUGAAUGGAGUGAAAAAAGUGAUCAACGCUUGUCUGUAUGCCAUCUUGCGACCAAAAAACAUAGUGGUAUACCUGUUAGAUGAAGCGAAUCGUUUAAAUCAAUUAGAAAAAUUUCCAGUACAACUCAUGGUAGCGAUUAUGAAUAGAUUAGUAACAGUAACUGGUUUAGGAUUUUCAAUAUUGUACAGGAUAAAUCCUGAAUUAAUAGACCUGUUGGAUGUACCACUGUCCGAUACUAUGAGGAUAAUAAUAGAAAACGAUUUCAGUGUACCAAAAUUCGAACUACCGAUUUCUAACAAAUUAACAUACGGUAUGUUAUUGUGCCUUUCACAUUUUUUGUGCAAGACCAUGGAUGCUUUAAAUUUGGACAGAUCAAGAAGUGCUCCAUCGACGGAAUUAACCAUACCGUCAGAGGAUUAUUUUUCGAGAUAUUUCGGUAUGGUCGAACAUCAGGAUUUCACUGAAAACCUUCCCACUCAGAAACUCAGCGCGUUUCUGAGAUACGCGAUGUACGAAUACUCGGGACUGGCCGAUCCUUGGAUACAGAAACUUGAUUUUAAUCUCGUUAGAUUUUCGUUGGAAUCGUUGAUGAUGUUUUUAGCCCAGCAAAUUUUUCUGGCUGUUAGAAGUACAGAACCCGAAAAUGCGUCGUAUUUCAGAAGGAAUCUUAGCUCGGAGUUGCAGUUCUUUUACGAACACGUUAAAAAGACGACUUCGGUCCUCAUCAAUUCGACACCGAUCAACCAGUUAUCGCAAGUAUCCAAAUCCGAGACUGAUAUUUUGAGGAAAUAUUUAAUGCAUUGUAAGGAAACUAAUAAUUAUGAACGGGUAAUAGAUAAUAAUUUUUGUAUCAUUAUUUCUUAUUGGUUUAUUCAUUUGUGUAAAUUGAGGUAAUUAUUUUUUCAUUUUCGU